GUUCCUCUUAACCUAUCGGUCGCCCAUUUGGGAGUAAUUGUAUUCCAGAAUCAGACAAAAGUGAAUACGUUUUCUUGGGCUAAGAUUAGAAAACUAAGCUUUAAAAGGAAGCGGUUUCUCAUUAAACUACAUCAGGAGGAAUACUUUGGAGAUGUGGUUGAGUUUGUGUUUGAGGGCCGCAACGAAUGCAAGAACUUCUGGAAGAAGUGUAUAGAACAGCACUCUUUCUUCAGAUGCAUUGAAGUGAAGAGAACUCCUAAACAAAAACCUAAAAUAUUCAGUCGCGGCUCUUCUUUUAGAUAUAGUGGUCGAACACAACAGCAGAUCAUGGAAUACGUCCGUCAAAGUUGUGUCAAAAGACAACCCUUCCAGAGG